UAUAGGUGUCAAAUGUCAUCCCAUUUCUACAUGCCGCAGACGGAUUUAACAAGAAAUGUAAAUCCAACAGACACCCUGAGGCAUACAAGUAACAAAACAGCCAUUUUAGAUAUGUAGCUACAACCUUGAAAUGAAACAAUCAGAACCAAAUCUCCACCACUGCAAAUACUGCCUCUACCAAACCCCCUUCCAAAGCAGCCUAGUCCACCACGAAAAAACCCACUUCCAAAAACACUCACCCUUCGACUGCACCCACAAACCCCGCCACUACAAAUGCCCCACUUGCGAUUUCAAAACCGAACUUCUCGUAACUCUAAACCACCACACCAGAACCCACCACCCGUGCACCCAAGACGCCGACCGCUUCCACCUCUCCGACUUCACCAACAUCUACGUGUGCACAGAAUGCCAGUUCGAGACCAGCUCGAAACUGCUUUGGAUAGCCCACAGCGCCAAGAAAGUCAAGUUGAGGUGGCUGCAGUGCAGUUUGUGCGCUUUCAAGACCCAGAACUGGCGCUACAUCAAAACGCACGUGCUCAUCCAGCACAAGUGUCCGAAACUGCUCAAGUGGUUCGAAUGUGCGCAGUGUGCGUACAAGUCCAAGUACAAGAAUAAUUUGCGCACACAUAUUAUGAAUCAGCACUCGCAGUCGCAGGAGCGCUAUCAGUGCGAGUUUUGUUCGUUCUCGGUGAAGCAACGGGGGAAUUUGAAGCGGCACGUGCUGUUGGCGCACUCGGAUCCGACUAGCGUGGAGUGGUUUAAGUGCGAGCUGUGUUCUUAUAGGGCUAGGCAUAAGUUUAUUUUGAGGAAGCACGUGAUGAUAAAGCACAGCCCCCCGGAGAUGGUUAAGUGGUUUCAGUGUGAGCGCUGUCCUAUGAAGUACAAAACACGGAAUCACUUGUCGGCGCACGUCCUCACGAAGCACAACCCCAACGCUAAGUGGUACGAGUGCUCCCACUGCCCCAAGAAAUUCAAGUACAAGUUCGUCCUCAGCACCCACGUGCGCCUCAAACACACCCCCGACACCGACAUCGAGUGGUUCCCCUGCCAACACUGCCCCUACCGCGCCAAACUGCGCAGCCACCUCAAGCGCCACGUCGAGUGCAAACACACCAACCCCGAAGACUUCAAGUGGCAGCAAUGUGAGCACUGCCCCUACCAAGCCAAGCAGAAGCAGAGCCUCACCAAGCACGUCAUCAAGCACCACACUCCCCCCGAGCGCAUCCAGUGGAUCGAGUGCGCCGAGUGCGGCUUCCGCGCCAGGUACCGCGACGAGCUGCGCGCCCACGCCGCCUCCAAGCACACGCCCCCGGAGGCGGUGAAGUCGUUCAGCUGCUCGCUGUGCUCGUCCAAGCUGAAGACCCAGAGCGGCUUGAACCGGCACGUGCGCCAGAAGCACCUGGGGGAGGUGACGUGGUGGGCGUGCGACCAGUGUCCGUGCAAGUUCAAGCAGAAGGUGGGGUUGCGCCACCACGUGGAGAACAAGCACGACAAGGAGGAGAGGUGGUACAAGUGCGCGGAUUGCGGGUUCGAGACGAGGUCCGAGGGGUUCUGGAGGAGGCAUUUGACGGUGCACCAGGACGAGGGCUGGUACGAGUGCCAGUUGUGCUCGUUUCGGGCCCAAUUUAGGAAUAGUUUGAAGAUUCACAUGAGGACGAAGCAUGGGAAUUAGGGGGGGUAGGGGGGUUUGUGAUUUUUUCGUCGGUGUUAUUUUGUUUAGUUGUUGUGUUCAAAUAUGUUCCAUGUGUUAUUAAUAAAUAAAGAGCGGAUUUUAGGGC